ACAAAAUAGUAAAGUAGGAAAGGAAGGAAACAUGGCAGGCAAACAGAUUUCUAACCUCUAAGUAAACAUUUUCCAAGUGAAAUUUGUCUUGAUAAUAUAAAAUUUAAUAUAGGUACUUAUUACAUAAUCUCACUUCAGAUAAGAGAAAGAAUAUGACUCCAGCAAAAUGUUAUUAUGAGAAUAUUUAUACAUCAUCUGCAUGCAAUGCUACUCCACAUUGUGUUGAUUGGAGUGAUAAUGGUCUCAUAGCUUAUGGUGCUAGUAAUAAUGUAAUACUCUACAAGCAUAAUGAUGAUGGAGGUGGAUCAGUGAUAAGGACUCUUAUUGGUCAUAAAGAAAGAGUGAAUACUGUUCGUUGGGUGAGAAAUCCAGAGAAAAUCUCUGUUACUGAAACUGUGGUUAUUUCAGGCUCUUCUGAUAAGAGCAUUAUUAUCUGGACUAUCGAUAAAAAGGGAGAAUGUUUGAAGAAGACUGUUCUUGAAGGUCAUUCGAAUAUUGUAACAGUUGUUGAUGCAGUUUACCGUUCAAGUGAUUUGGACAAGAAAGAGUUGUCAAUAUUCUCAUCUUCUGUCGAUUCCACCAUCAAAAUUUGGAAAGUUUCUAGAAAUAAAAAUGAAGAUGAGAUACACUUGAAUUCUAUUGAUAUCCCUUCCAACGGACUUUGCUUGUCAGCUGCAAUUACAACGUUCAAUCAUGGCAGUGACAUUCUCGUAGCCUGUGGACUUGACAAUUGCAAGAUAUCACUCUAUUCCGAAUCUGGAGAUGACAUUGAGGAAUUGGGAAAACUGAAAGGUCAUGAUGAUUGGGUGCGUGCUCUGGAUUUCACACAGAAUGGAGAUGAUGUCCUAUUGGUCAGUGCCUCCCAGGAUACGACCGUACGAAUAUGGCGUUUCUCUCCGUCUUCAAACGCAGUCAUUGAUCCUGAAGACCAAAUCACUCAGAAAAAGCAAGUGAUUGAAUUGGGGAAGCGGCCUCUUGAUGUGACUUUGGAAGCUGUGUUGUCUGGCCAUGAAGGAUGGGUGUAUGGAAUAGCUUGGCAUCCUACCGCAAUUGAAAAUGGCACGAUAAAACAGCCAAUGCAAUUGCUGACAGCAUCACUUGACAAAACGUUGAUAGUAUGGGCACCAGACAAGGACUCUGGAGUGUGGCUUGAAACGUCUCGUAUGGGUGAGAUGGGAGGCAACGGACUUGGCUUCUAUGGAGCAUGUUACAGCCCUCAUGGAAACUUCCUCCUUGUUCAUGGCUUUCAAGGAGGAAUUCAUCUGUGGAAGAGAAAAGAGGAAUUGUGGGAGCCAGAAAUCAGUAUUACGGGACAUUUCUCUGGAGUUGUAGAUUUGACAUGGGAAGCAGUACAUGGAAGGUACCUUCUAUCUGUUUCGUUAGAUCAAACUACCAGGCUACAUGCUCCUUGGAAGACUAAGAAAACUUGGCACGAAAUGGGUAGACCUCAAAUCCACGGACAUGAUAUGGCCUGUAUCGCAGCUCUUCCGGAAUUUCAGUUUGUAUCAGGCGCAGAAGAAAAAGUCAUCAGAGCUUUCAAAGCCCCCAAUAAUUUUCUUCAAAAUUUUGAACAACUUUGCCUGACUUCUUCUUCAUAUCAACUAGUAUCAAAUCUACAGGAGACAGCCCUCGGUGCGGCCAUACCUGCGCUUGGAUUGUCCAACAGGGCUGUCUACUCUGCAGAGGAAAAAGACAACUCCGAAGACAAACUAUCCAGAGAACAGUACAGCGAAGUAUACUUUGUACCUCAGGAUUUGAAAGUCCCUCCAACAGAAGAUAAUUUGAGUCAAAACACUCUAUGGCCUGAAGUAAUGAAACUUUAUGGUCAUGGCUACGAAUUGUACAGCUUGGCAACUUCGAAUGAUGGAAAGUUGGUUGCAUCUGCUUGCAAAGCUACAUCUGAAGAACAUGCAUCCAUCCUAUUAUGGGAUACCAAAAAAUGGCAGAAAAUACAGAAGUUAACUUGCCAUCAGUUGACAGUGACACAAAUGGCGUUCUCUCCGGAUGACUCAUUGCUUCUAGCUGUCUCAAGAGACAGGAGUUGGUCCUUGCAUAAUCGAUCAGGUGAAAUGCAGUACGACCUGUUGCACAAAAGUGACAAGAAGACAGGCCUGCACCAACGUAUCAUCUGGUGCUGUGCGUGGACCCAUGACUCGCUGUACUUUGCGACUGGCUCGAGGGACGGAAAGGUGGUGCUAUGGUCGGCCAGCAGUCACAAGCACGCCUCAGUCAUCGAUCUGCCCAAAGAGUCCAUCACUGCCCUGGCCUUCGCCCCCGCUCACGCCCCUGCAUCCAACCAGUAUCUGGCUGCUGUUGGCUGUGAAUCUGGAGAAAUAGGCCUCUACACCUUCACUGUCAACCAAACUGAAGCCAGCUGGAAAUUGUUCUUCACUAUAGACAAAAACUCAUCCCAUUCGUUAUCCAUCAAAAGACUAGCGUUCAGGCCGAAGAUGGGCAGAACCGAGAACGAAGACAGCGAAUCAAAGGAGAAGGGCGUCUUUCAGUUAGCCAGCUGUGGAUUGGAUCAUCUUGUCAGAGUUUAUAACAUUUUUACCGAAGUUGAGUAGUGUAUACAUUGUUAUUUAUCAAUAAAAAUUAUUUGUAAAUAAAUUAAAGUUCUUAUAUUCAA